ACACGUAGUUCCUGGUGCUCUGCCUUCCUUGUGAUCUGACUGUCGUAAUAAACAGGGGGGGCGUUAAGCAUCUUUAAUACUUUUGUAAGCGAUUAAAGGCACAAAGUAGAGCAGCAAGAGAGACUGCCCAAGUGAAAUACUUUGUGCUUUAUAACCCACAAGUACCCACAGGUAGGUGCAAUAAUACUCCCCUCGUGCGUUUGUUGGGGUGCAAAACAAAGUUUUGUUCCCUUCUUGGUCUUUGGUACAGGAUAAAGGCAGGUCAGCAAGCUGGAAGGUUAGGCCAGGGAGUAGGACUGUUUCUUCUUUUUCACCUACUGAUACCUUUCUUUAGGGUUACUUUGAAAAAGAAGAUUUGACUGAUCAAGCCAUCAGGAGACUUUCAGUCCAAGAAAGAGCGAAGCCAGCUCUUGCCAGGACUGGAGGAAGUCCCUGUUGAGAGCGAACCCUUAGAACCUGAGCUCGUUCUCAGACUUUGUCGAUUAUGUCUAAGCAAGGAGACGACUGCUACUUCUAUUUCUAUUCCACCUGUAACAAGGGAGACAGCUGUUCCUUCCGCCACUGUGAGGCUGCUCUGGGCAAUGAGAGAGUGUGCAGGCUGUGGCGGGAGGGUCGCUGUUUCAGGACUAGCUGCAGGUUCAGACACAUGGAAGUCGAAAAAAAACGCAGUGAGAUUCCUUGCCACUGGGAGAAUCAAGCAGUUGGCUGUCAAAAAUCCAACUGUGCGUUCCGUCACACGAAAGGACGUUAUGUCGACGGACGCUUCUUCCCGCCAAGCAAAACUACGCUUCCAAGUCCCCCUGAGUCUGCAGAAGAUGCUGUGAAAAUGGCUCAGGUGUCACUGCAGCAAAACAAACUUUCUGUCCAGUCAAAUCCCUCUCCGCAGCUGAGGGGGGUGAUGAUAGUGGAAAACUCUGAAAAGGUCCCAAGUCCUACGCAUCCUCCAGUUGUAAUCAAUGCUGCAGAUGAUGAUGAAGAUGGGUACUUUUUACUUCCUGAAGACCAGCUUUCUGAAGAAGGAGGUGAAACUAAAACAGCUGUCCAGCAACCGGCAACAGAAGCCCCUAGUGGAUCGCGGAUAAUUUCCACUAGGAAAUGCAGCGCUAAUACAAAGCAAGAGGACAAUUUAAAUUUUGGAAUAAAAACAGUUAAAGAAAUCAAAUUGAAGAAACUAAAGGAAAAAACAAAAAACCAAGGUGAAGGUCCUUCAGGAGUUUCUGUUCCUCCGCUCCAAUCUCGGGCUGUUCCUGUGCCAGAAAAGGAAAUUGUACGGACGGUAGUGAGAACUGUGACUCUGUCUACAAAGCAAGGGGAGGAGCCUGUGAUUCAACUGAACCUUGGUGAGACGAUGGGAAAACGGAAAGCCUCCAUCGCUGGUAAAAGUGUCCUUCCGCUAAAGCGCAACCUUGCUGACAGGCUGGGGAAGAAGACAGAGGUUCUGGAUAGUGCUGACAAAGCAGCAAAGAGAGGUACAGUUCAAGUCCCCAGGUCUCUGAAGGAGAGGCUAGGACUGUCCUCUGAGCAGACCAGUACAGAGACAGAUAAGAACUGGCUAUUAAAGAAGGCUGCUAAGCCAGCAGGAGAGAUCCAUGUGAAAACAGUGGAGGAAAUUCGACUUGAGAGAGCUCAUCGGAGACGAGGAGAACCUCAAGGGAAACCCCAGACUGAAGGACGUUGUAAAACAGAAGAUCCCAGCUCGGGGGCAAGACUUUCCCCUGCAGUUCGUGUGAAAACUUUCUCAGGAUCCCUGGCUGAAAAAAACCACAAGCGAUUGGAAGGAGAGAAGCGAAAACCAGAAGAGUUUCCUACCGAGACAAAAGUUGAGAGGAAACCCAAGAAGCAGAGCAUACUUGCUCCGUCUGUGCUCAGCCAAGUGCGCCCGGCAGAGCCGGCAGGUAAAGCCAAGCCAGCAGGAGAAGUGCGUGUUAAAACCUUGGAAGAAAUCAAGCGGGAGAAAGCUCUGCGGAUGCAGCAGAGUGGAGGAAAAGUGCCAGCUCCACCAGCACAACCUGAACCUGCCCCGACAGGGAGGAGGUUGUUACGGAUCACAAAGCUAAUAGCACCUGGAAGAGAAGAAAAGAAGAUAGUGGAAUUGAGCAAGCCUUUUCCCAAAGCUGUCUCUGCACCCGCAGAGAGUGCAACUAAUUCCAAAGUUCAAGUGAAGAGCCUUGAAGAGAUAAUGUGGGAGAAGCGGCAGCUGAAGCAACGCCAAGAAGAGAAGCUUCAGAAGGAAGCAGCUGCUGUGCCAUCUCCUGUUGAACAGGCAAUCAAGGAUAAAAGUCGAGCAUCAGGGAGUCCUGAAUCCAGUGUGGUUUCAGGGUCAGCUUAUCAGCUUCCAAAGAGGAUAUUGGUGAAAUCUCCGGGAGAUGGGGUUGAAAGCCCAGGAAAGGGUGCUGCCGUAUCACCAGGGAAACGGGCAGCUCAACUCCAGGAAUGGAAAGCUGAAACCAAAUGGAAGGUGUGCCUGAAGCCUUUGGAUGGGAAAGCCACCUUCCCCACAAAGCAGCCACUGAAACGUAAGGCAGCCGAGAGUCAUCCCUCUGCCGUGGCGGCUGUGAAGCCAUUGAGUGCCACUGGUGGCGACGGGAAGGAGCCUUCAGCUAAAAAAGCAGCUGCCAUUGUUCCGGCUUUGCCAGAGGACAGCCUCCUCUCCGUACGUGGGAGAGAAGAACCCCAAGCCAGUCCUGUACUGCAUCUUGGAAGCCAGGCAGACUCUGUGGCACAGUCAGAGGUCACAAGCUCAACUUCACCUUCUUCACAAGUAGCAGUAAAGAAACGCCGGUUGAGCUUCUCAGGGGCCUGGGAAGCCCCCUUCUCUGUAGAAGAUGACUUUGAGAAGUUUCUUUGGGAAAUCUCAGGAGGCAAACAGGAAGACGAAGUUGAUGUGGACCCAGAGAAUGAGGAGGAUGACUUCUUCAUGGAAAUUGGUGAACUGAUUGACGGCUGAAAAUAAAGAAAUAAAUAAAUUGCAACUGAUUAUUUUGUUGGA